AUGAUGGUAUUGUCUCAGCCAGUACUAGACAAUUUCUUUCUUAUCAAGACAAGCGAAACCACUUCAAAUCUAUCCACUGUAAUUCCAGAAAUAGACCUCUUAGAUCCUCAUGCAGGAAACCUCAUCGUUAAGGCCUAUGAGGAGUAUGGCUUCUACAAGGUGGUCAACCAUGGAAUCCUAAUGGAGUCUGUCACUAAAUUAGAAGUUGAAACUAUCAAGUUCUUCAAGUUACCACAGUCUGAGAAAGACAAAACUGACACUUCUACUCCUAACCCUUUUGGAUAUGGUAACAAGAGAUUUGGCCUAAAUGGUGAUGUUGGUUGGAUUGAAUACCUUCUCUUCAGCACCAACCUUGAACUCAUUUCCCAGAACUCUCUCUCCAAUUUCCCAGGAAAUUCAGAAAUUUGCUGGACUCUUGUGAAUGACUAUGUAUCAGCAGUGAGAAAUAGGCUUUGUGGAGUUUUGGAAAUGAUAGUUGAUGGCUUGAAGAUUAGGCAAAGGAAUGUGUCGAGUAGGCUCUUGAAAGACCAGAAUAGUGACUCUUGUUUCAGGUUAAACCACUAUCCUCCAUGUCUAGAGCAUCAAGCAUUCAGUUUAAACCACUAUCCUCCAUCUCCAGCGCAUCAAGCAUUCAGUGAUCAAAGUUUGAUUGGGUUUGGAGAGCAUAAAAACCCAUAG